AUGUGUCAUCACGAUUCAUCCUGGCUGGAAGCUCUUCCGAUUGUCCUCCUAGGUAUAAGAACUGCGUACCGCGAGGAUCUUCAAGCAUUAACGGCAGAAAUUGUUUUCGGACAACAGUUGAGACUUCCAGGAGAAUUUUUUGAUCUCCCUGUUGACGGACCCAGGCAUGAAGAUCCUACUGAUUAUGUUGUACGACUCCGUCAACACAUGUCUUCAAUCAGACCUGUCCAAGCUUCACGCCACGUCAAACCCAAAACUUUUAUAUUUCAGGAUCUUAGAAAGUGCACCGAUGUUUUCCUAAGAGACGACUCUGUGAAACGUGCUCUACAGCCUCCCUACAGCGGACCAUAUCCUGUAAUUUCUCGUGAUGAAAAAUCCUUAGUAAUAUCACAGAAUGGCAAACAAGUGCGAGUGAGCUUAGACAGGGUGAAGCCUGCACAUGUGUUACCCGAAAAAUGUAACCAUCCAACAAUCAAAGAGCCUCAAAAUAUACAACCUUCAAACACAUCCCUCAACCCUCCAAGCCCGGCAUCAUUCAAAAGCUAUACAACUCGGUAUGGACGAAAUGUUAAGCUCAAGCUUCCUGGACUUCCAGUCUCUGCGGGGGGCUGA